CAGGAUUUUUCUAUAAUUCCUCCCCCCAUUUCAAUAAAUUGGAAACCAACCCUUGGUUCUCGGACACCUCAUUUUCAGAGUCAAGAAUUAUGCGAGACAAUUUUAAGGGGUCUUUGAGGAUUCUGAGUUCCCUAAUUGUGCUUGGAUUUCAGCUGGUCAUUCCGCAGCCUUCCGUCGAUCACAGAAAGGUGCCCCAAAGGAUAAAAGAUGGGAGCGUUGCCCCAGAAGAAGAGAGUGGAGGAAUCCCUGGGGUUUGGGGCAGUUGGGGACCUUGGUCAGCGUGCUCCAGAAGCUGCAGUGGCGGAGUGAUGGUGCAGAUGCGGCCAUGUCUUCCAGGGUACUACUAUGACAGGGCCUCCCACAAUCCUGGGCAUUACUCGGCUUCGGGGAGGGCGCUGGGCCACCUCCAUCAGCUGCCACAAGAAGACUCCCUGCCGCCUUUCUCUGGUCACAUCAUCUCGGCCAUCCGUACAUCGGUGCCUCUGCACAGAAACGAGGAACCCGCACGGGCUGCCCUUUCUGCCUCCUUUGGAGAAGGACGCAACGACAGCUAUUGGAACCGAGGAACCUCAAGAGGCACUCAAGUUUCUCAGUCCCGGAGACGUAGCCCCAAAUCAGAAAGAAGAGGCCGCAAGAAAAGCUCCAUUGGACCCGGGAAAUACGGCUAUGGAAAAGUUCCCUACAUCCUCCCUCUGCAGACGGACACGGGACAAUCAGCACAUAAACCCCGGAAGCAACGCCAGUCCAGGCAACCUGCACCCAACCCACAAGGGACCGGUGGCACCUCCACUUUUGCCCAUCCAGGUAGCCCUUCCCAUCACCGCCCUGGAGGAACGUACCAAGGUGACCACCGAUCUUCUCCAGCCAGGACUCAGGUGGCCGGCAGCUCUUUCUAUCAACAGCCGGGCUCCCAUUUUCAGGGCUUCCCGACGGGAUCUCAAAGCUUGUUCCAGGGUGGAGAACAGAGCAGGCAUAUCCCCGGAGCUCCUCAUCCCCCCGUCCAAGGACAGAUGUCCACUCAGCCGGCCGCCGCAAUUGUCUGCACCGGAGCCUACAAGCAGUACAGACUCUGCAACACGAACCCCUGCCUUGAGAACAGAAACAUCAGAGAGGUGCAGUGCACAUCGUACAACAACAAGCCGUUUAUGGGCCGUUUCUACGAGUGGGAGCCCUUUGCUGAAGUGAAGGGCAGCCAGAAAUGUGAACUCAACUGCCGAGCAGUCGGCUAUCGCUUCUACGUGAGACAGGCGGAGAAAGUUAUCGACGGGACGCCGUGCGAUCAAAACGGAACCUCCAUCUGCGUGUCGGGACAAUGCAAGGUAACAUCUGACCAGCAAUCAAUGAAGGCACUGCCAAAAGCUAACAGUACACAUCUCAACACAACAACCUCUAAGACCAGUCCCACCAACACGGACAGGCAAGCCACUUGA